ACCAACUCCAACCUCCAUCAUGUCAUCUAGAUCUGACAGAGCGUGCAUGUUGUGUGGAAUCAUCCAGACAUACAGAAAGUUCGUCGAUGAAGGGUGCCCCAACUGUGAGAGUGUGUUGCACUAUCAAGACAAUGACGACAACCAGAUCCAGGAUUGCACAUCGCCAUCGUUUGAAGGUUUGGUGGCUUUGGGAGACGACAACAAACAGUCAUGGGUCGCCAGAUGGUUGAGAAUAGACUCGUUCGUGCCGGCCCUCUACGCCGUCAAGAUCAACGGGAAGCUUCCGCCUCAUAUAGUUAGUGACUUGUUGGAGCAGAAUGUCAACUAUAGACCCAGAGACGGCAGUGCUGAAGAUUAGACACUUAAAAAGAAAACCUUGUAUAUUAUCAUGUUUGUAAAAAUACUCAAAAAUACAUAAACCACGUUCA